AUGCUAGAACUUAACUAUGCAGCACUAAUUAGACCAGUGGGACUAGGCUCACCAGAUAGUGAGUUGGAACAGGAUGAGAGAGUACAGCGCACUGGUGGCCUUUUUGGUUCUAGAAGACCAGCAUUAAGUGAAUUAGGUAAUGAUGACACCUAUCCAAGCAGGAGUGGGAGUGGAAGUGGCCAUGGUGGUUACAAAUGUUUCGAUGAAGAAAUAAUAACAGGCUCUGGAAAGAAUUCUUGGAAAUCAGAAGCUGAAGGGGGAGAAAGUGGUGACUCUCAAGAACCAAAAGUAACCUACUUACCACCUCCUCCACCUGAGGAUGAGGACUCCAUUUUUGCACAUUAUCAGACAGGAAUAAACUUUGAUAAGUAUGAUAAUAUUCUUGUUGAAGUACCAGGACAUGAUGCACCCUCUGCAAUUCUGACUUUUGAAGAAGCUAAUCUUUGUCAGACACUGAAUAAAAACAUUGCUAAAGCUGGUUAUACUAAGCUGACUCCUGUGCAGAAGUACAGUAUUCCUAUUGUACUAGCUGGGCGAGAUUUAAUGGCCUGUGCUCAAACAGGAUCUGGCAAAACUGCAGCUUUUCUCUUGCCAAUUUUGGCUCAUUUGAUGUGUGAUGGAGUAACUGCUAGUCGUUUUAAAGAACUACGGGAACCAGAAUGCAUUAUUGUAGCCCCUACUCGAGAAUUGGUCAAUCAGAUCUAUUUGGAAGCCAGAAAUUUUUUGGGGGGGACUUGUGUAAGAGCUGUUGUCAUAUAUGGGGGAACCCAGUUGGGGUAUUCAAUUCGACAAGUAUUACAAGGCUGUAAUAUAUUAUGUGCUACUCCUGGGAGAUUGAUGGAUAUGAUAGGUAAAGAAAAGAUUGGUCUCAAACAAGUCAGAUAUUUAGUUUUGGAUGAAGCUGAUCGUAUGUUGGAUAUGGGUUUUGGACCAGAAAUGAAGAAGCUGAUUACUUGCCCAGGAAUGCCUUCAAGGGAACAACGUCAAACCCUCAUGUUUAGUGCAACUUUUCCAGAAGAAAGUCAAAGGUUGGCUGGUGAGUUUCUAAAGACCGAUUACUUAUUUGUUGCUGUUGGACAAGUGGGUGGAGCAUGCAGGGAAAUCCAGCAGAGCAUUCUCCAAGUUGGCCAGUAUUCGAAAAGAGAGAAACUUGUUGAAAUUCUACAAAACAUAGGUGAUGGAAGAACUAUGGUCUUUGUUGAAACAAAGAAAAAGGCAGAUUGUAUUGCUACUUUCCUCUGUCAAGAAAAAAUAUCAACUACCAGUAUUCAUGGUGACCGGGAGCAGAGAGAGAGACAACAAGCUCUUGGGGAUUUUCGCUGUGGAAAGUGCCCAGUUCUUGUUGCUACUUCAGUAGCUGCCAGGCGGCUAGAUAUUGAAAAUGUUCAGCAUGUUAUCAAUUUUGAUCUUCCUUCUGCCAUUGAUGAAUAUGUUUAUCGAAUCAGGUGUACGGGUCGUUGUGGAAAUACUGGCAGAGCUAUUUCCUUUUUUGAUCCUGAAUCAGAUAACCAUUUAGCACAGCCUCUAGUGAAAGUACUGUCAGAUGCUCAACAGGAUGUACCUGCUUGGUUGGAAGAAAUUGCCUUUAGUACGUAUGUUCCGGGCUUGAGUGGUAGUACAAGAGGAAACAUUUUUGCAUCAGUUGAUACUAGAAAGAAUUACCAGAGUAAGAUCAUGUUGAACGCAGGAGGAUUUUCUUCUUCACAAACUCCCAAUCCAGCAGAUGAUGAGUCAUGGGAUUAA